AUGUCAGCCUUCGUGCCCGAAGAUCCAGAUAACGAUUACUCCUUCUCCGAGGUCGACCCCGCGGAACCAUCCCCUCCAAUCCAAUCAAUGGGCGACGCAGACGCCUCGCACGGCCGGGGCUCGAACAACCCCCUUCUGGGUGAUAACCCCCUCGUUUCAGAUUUAGAGCAGGAAGUGCUGGAAGAAUACGCUCGCUUGCUGCGGAAUGUCAAUCAGCUCUCUGAUAAACUCGCCGACCUCGCCGGCUCCCCCGCCUCCAUGCCCCUCGAUGGUCUUCGUCUCCUUGAGCGCAAGACUGCGACUGUAUGCACUCUGCUCAAGGCCAGUGUCUAUAGCAUUGUCUUGCAGCAGCAGAUCUGGAAUGAGAAUGAAGAGCAACAACAACAACAGCAGAAUGAGGAUCAGCAUUUUCAGGACCACCAGUAUCAGCAUGGCUAUGAGGGGGAGGGAGACAUGACCUUCCAGUAA